AUGGCUCCAGUCCAUGUUCUCGAUGACUACUACCUAGCCAUCAGUUUCCUGAUCACUCUUGGAUAUCAGGCCGUCUUCUUUGCCAUUUCUGUUAUCUUCAAGACUGAUCAGUUCAACGAUGUCGCUGGCGGAACCAACUUUGUGAUCCUGGCCAUCAUCACGGUCGCCAUGUAUGGCGAGCACGGUGCUCGUCAAAUCGUCGACAGCAUCUUCAUUAUGCUUUGGGGAGCACGUCUUGCUGGGUUCCUGCUUUUCCGUAUCAUCAAGACUGGCAAGGACGACCGCUUUGAUGAUAAGCGUGGAAAGGUCUUGCCUAUGCUGGGAUUCUACAGUUUCCAAACUCUUUGGGUCUGGACUGUUAGCAUGCCUGUGACUAUCUUGAACAGCCCCAUUGUCAAUCGCUACCCUCAACCUGCCUUCAACAAGGCUACUGACAUCUUGGCUGUCAUCGGCUUUGCGAUCGGUAUCAUCAUGGAAACCACCAGCGAUAUUCAGAAGUACAGAUUCAAGCAGACUCACCAGGAGCGCGGUGCUGUUUGCAAUAAGGGCUUCUUCGCCUGGUCGCGUCACCCCAACUACUUUGCGGAGAUUCUGAUCCAAUUCUCAAUCUUCAUGCUAGCCGUUACACCCGCAUCUUAUAACUAUGUGCAUGGUGGUGCCAAGGCUGCAUUGUACGCCAGUAUCGUUGGACCCAUCUUCUUGACCACACUGUUGAUGUUCGUGUCCGGACUGACCCUCCAAGAACGCCCUGGAGCAAAGAAGAGAUACGAAAAGGGCGAGGGUUGGAAUGAGUAUGCUGCUUAUCUCCACCAGACCAGCAUUCUCAUCCCCUUUCCCCCAGCGCUGUACAAGAAGAUGCCUGUGAUUCUCAAGCGCACAUUGUUCCUAGAGUUCCCUAUCUACGUGUUCGACCCAGCAAAGCACGCAGACCAGGAAGCAGCACAGAGAAAUGCAGAGGAAGGACACAACUGA